AUGUCGAAAAACGGCAAGAAGCAGCCGGCCACUGCGGCGACCAACCUCGUUGCUGGAGGUGGUGCUGGUAUGAUGGAAGCACUCGUGUGCCACCCUCUCGACACAAUCAAGGUCCGCAUGCAGCUGUCGCGGCGCGCGCGUGCCCCUGGAGCUCCGAGCCGAGGCUUCAUUCGCACCGGCGCCGAGAUCGUCAAGAAGGAGACCCCUCUCGGCUUGUACAAGGGUCUGGGCGCAGUCCUGACGGGCAUCGUUCCCAAAAUGGCCAUCCGCUUCACCUCGUUCGAGAGCUACAAGCAGUGGCUGGCCGACAAGGACACCGGCGUCGUCUCCGGGUCCAACAUCUUCCUCGCCGGCCUCGCCGCCGGUGUGACCGAGGCCGUCGCCGUCGUCACCCCCAUGGAGGUCAUCAAGAUCCGCCUGCAGGCCCAGCACCACUCCAUGGCCGACCCCCUAGACGUCCCCAAGUACCGCAACGCCGCCCACGCCCUCUACACCGUCGUCAAGGAGGAAGGCUUCGGCGCCCUGUACCGCGGUGUCAGCUUGACUGCCCUGCGCCAGGGCUCUAACCAGGCCGUCAACUUCACAGCAUACACCUACUUCAAGGAGUGGUUGUACAAGUUCCAGCCUCAGUACGAGGGCGGCAACCUCCCCAGCUACCAGACCACCCUGAUUGGACUUGUGAGCGGUGCCAUGGGUCCCCUGAGCAAUGCACCCAUCGACACCAUCAAGACGAGACUGCAAAAGACGCCUGCCGAGCCCGGCUCCAGCGCAUGGUCCAGAAUAUCCAGAAUCUCUGCUGAGAUGUUCAAACAAGAAGGAUUCCACGCUUUCUACAAGGGCAUCACCCCACGUAUCAUGCGUGUGGCCCCUGGCCAGGCCGUCACAUUCACUGUUUACGAGUACCUGAGAUCCAAGUUAGAAAAGAGUAGUUUCUCAUCAUUUAACGGAGGCAAGUACGAGGAGUAA